UACAUAGGUAUAGUAUAUCUUGCUGUGUCUACGCGUGUUCUUGUUGAAAAGUUCGACUCAACGGAAAGUUUCAUAGCCUAUAUGCGAGUAACACUCGAAAAACGCUCACGGUGACCGGGUGACGGUGCCCAACUCAUACGCAAAUUGAAUUCCUUUAGAACCUCUGGAAUCUGGAACCUCUCAUAUUUCAUACGCAAAGCUCGAAUUGCAGAAGCUCGUUCCAGGAAAAAGAUGUUUAGCAAUUUUCAAAAGCAUGGAAGACAACUUAUCUGUUCUGAGUGACGAUCUUGUUGCCUAUAUCUUGGGACGUUUGCCUCCUAAAUCACUCUUAACAUUUAAGCGCACUUGUAAAAGGUGGUGCAGUUUCAUUUCGGACCCAAAAUUUCAACGUAUUUAUACAUUUAACUUGCAGUCGUUGAGUUCUUGUUACCCUGCAGGACUUUUUACUGAAAUAACGUGUUAUUGUUGUGAUCGUGUUCGAGAAGCAACAUACUAUGUUAGUACAAGGCAAAGGUUUGUGUCGCAGAAUAUUCUGGAUUUCCUACCUGUCAGAACAGCAUUGGUUGGCUCCUCAAAUGGUAUCCUUUGUUGCCGUAGUCUUGACCUAAGUCGGUGUAAGAUUGAUCGGUUUCACAACGUGCCCUCUGUAACCAAACUUCCUCUUAUUGAACCCCCUUUACCAUUAGUCUUUUAUAUAUGCAAUCCAGCUACAAAAGAAUGGAUUUCUUUGAGGUUGCCCCCAAGAUUUAACUUGGGGAAAGCUUUUGGAUUUGCUUUUGAUCCAGACGGUCCGAGUUUUACAUUAGUUGGCCUACAACAUUCUUGUCAUAAACCAGGUCGGUGCUCCUUUGUCAUUUAUGAUUCCAAGCUAAAGACGUGGAGAAAGUCAAAAGAAUUUGAUUGUUUUGCUUUAGGAAUUCAUCCUGAAAAGCAUGUUUUUCUGAAUGGUCGAUGUUAUUGGAUCACUUAUAGGACGAUUUUUGAUGAGUCUGGUGUACACGACUGUGAUUUCCAUAUGGUUAUAUUCGACAUUAUGAACGAAUCAUGCGAAGUCAUUAAGUUGCCUCAUAUCUCAACACGGGAUAGUGCAUUCCCUAGACGUUGUUGUUUGGGAGUCUCAAAAGGUCAUGUUCUUUAUGUAUGUGCUUAUCGUUAUGAAAUGAAAAUUUGGCAGUUCGACCCUAAUGAGACUACGCAUUGGGUACCUGCAGCAUUGAGAUUUCCAUCUCUUGCUGAGUUUCUCAAUGAGCCUUGCCCCCCAAUUGACGAUCCCGAACAAUAUGUAUGUUCCUCACGUGUGAAGCCGUACUACUUGUACGAUGAUGUCUUGUUUCUUGGAACGAUUGGUAAAUUAGGUUAUUAUAAUAUUAAAUCAGGAGAAUAUGUUCCCCACUUGGGUAUAUCCACUAACCUUUCUUAUGAUACUAUGUGCUUGAUGUAUUGGCCGACUUCUUUUCCAUUGAAGAGGUUUGGAAUUAGACGGUUACAAACUCAAGGAUGCUACCCUUGCACUCGAACUCGUAAAAGGAAGAGGUAUGUUUUGUCACCAAAGAGAUCUCCUCUAUCAUAAAGCUGUAUUUUACGUUCACCAAAUGUUUAAAGUUAUUUUGGUAAGAGAAUGAACAAGCUUAAACAAAAUUCUAAGCUCGUUUAAUGUUUUUUAUAAUUGUUUAUGUACUCAUGAUUAACUUA